AUGACACCUAGGGUUUCAUGGAGUCUGAGAAGAAGCGCGGCGCUGGCGAGACGAUGCCGCAUCAUCGGGGAGCCGUAUUUGGGAGCACCGUGUAGGAGGGCCCGUGGCGGCGACGUGCUCGGGACCGCCGCCGUGGGGCUCAUCGUGUUUGGGGACGGCGAAUCACGGCUGCUGUAUGGCGCAACACCGAGGAGAGGGUCGCUCGCUCCCGCCCUUGCGCGAGGAGGAAAGGGCAUGGAGGAGAAUGAGGGUGGCCACCGUGCCAUGCACUCUCACAGGUUAGGAUGCCUCCUCGCCGGAUCCACCGAGGGCGAGCGCCUCCACCCUAUCCGGUCCGCCUCGUCGCCGGAUCAGCCGAGGGCGACGGUCGACGGUCUGCUCACCGGCCGGGCUGCCUCAUCUGGAUCCAUCCUCGGCAUGGGAGGGGAGGCGACAGGGGGGACGACGUCUGGAACCGUUGAUGCCCUGGCUGAUUGGGUCGCCGGGGGCUUGGCGAGGGAGGCUGCGGCGAGGCUACUGGGCGACGACGACAGCGGAGGAGCGAGGCCGACGGGCGAUCACGGCGCGAUGGGAUCGGUGGGGAGGAGAUAUCACGACAGCGGUGCGGGAAUGGGGAUAGGGAGCUCCAGCGGGUCGCACGCACGGCGCCGUCCCGCCCAACAACAGUACGAGGCAGGGGAGCAGUUCGUCGCGUGUCGCGCCGCUCGCCAAUUCGAACGGGCGAGACCGGGAUCCGCACCUGAGCCGCCGGAGAGGAAGAGAUGGCCAGGCCGUGGUGAUCUCCGCGGGGCUGGAGGUGCGUGCGCGGGGAUGGAUCUCGCGGGGAUGAAGCGGCGGGAGCUCCAGGCGCUCUGCAAGCGGCACGGCCUCCCGCCGGGGGCUCCAACGCCGACCUCGUCGCUCGUCUCGAAGCCGCGCUCUCGUGCGGAGGAGGAGGUGGCCGGAGUGCCGGCGAGGAAGGGGUGUCUGAAGCAAACAGACGGAGAUGCUGUCGAGGCGAAGAAGGUUACUUUUGCGGCGGAGGAAGGGAAGGCAAGGAGACUGAGGUCUCAGAGGUGGUCACAGAUGUCCCGGGUGAGGCGGUCCAGGAGGAAUUCGGUGUGUGCUGCUGAGGCUGAGGAAGCAGGAGAGGCUGUUGCUGUUGAUAGGAAGCGCAAGCGCAAGAACCUGGAGAAUGAUGAGAGUGUCGCUAUCAGUGCUCAGGUUGGGGUUUCGUCUAGAGUGACGAGAAGGUCAAGUUUGGCGGGGGUUGGUGUUGUGUUGCUUCCUGUUGUUGAGAAGAAGAGAGGGAGGGGGAAAGCAGCUGGUGGUAGUAAUAAACUUGUUGCUAAGGUUCAAGACAGUGAGCCUGAUGUGCAGAAUUCGGCUCAGGUGGACGUAUCAGCUAGGAUUACAAGAUCUCGCGCAACAGCACCUGUUGUAAUGUCACCCACUGUCGUUGAGAACAAGAGGAGGAGGAAGACCGGAGAUGCACGAACAAAUUUAGAGCUGCCUACAGUCUCAGAUGUGCCUAGAAAUGAUACUCCUGUCACCAGGUCUUUGAGGAGCAGAGUUGUCCAGGUUAACAACAGUAUGGUGGACGAAACUCACACUGCCAGGCAGCUGGAAAACAAGACGCAACCCAGUAGGCCACCUACUCGUAGGCAUCAACAGGUUUCAUCUUCUGUGGAGGACAAAAAUCAAGAACAAACUGCUGCUCCCAAUAAGGCUCCCAUAUUGAGGCGAUCAGGGAGAAAUUCUGAAGAUGCUGAGAAGCAGCCAGAAGUUAAAGAUCUGGUUAAGCGAUCAACACGUAAAUCUGUUGUCCCAGCUACACUUGAGAAAGAGGAGAAUGAUCUAAUUGAAGAAAAGAACCCUGAAGCACAUGUUAGGAGAUCAAUGAUGAAAUCAAUUGUGCCGGUUAAAGAUAUCAAAGGUAUUGGUGAAAAGAUUCAAAAUGCUAACAGUGAAGAUGCGGUGAAGCAAGCAGCAACUAAAGGACCUGUUAGGGGAUCGAGACGUAAAUCCGUUGUCUCAGAAUUGCAUAAGAAAGAGAAGGGUCUCAUUGCAGAAAAGAGUACGGAAGCACAUGAAAGGAGAUCAAUGCGGAAACCUGUAGUGCCAGUUAAAGAUAUUAAAGCUGCUGUUGAAGAAAUUCAAAAUGCUAAGGGCAAAGAUGUGGAGAAGCAAUUUGUUGUGAAGCAACCUACUAUGCGCUCAUCAUGCAAAUCUGUUCUGCCUGAUAUACUUGAGAACAAUAGUGGACUUCUAGCAGCAGAAAUGAAUGCUGAGAUGAAUGUUAGGAGAUCAACACGGAAGUCUGUUCUUCCUAAUAUGCUUAAUGAGGAGAACCAAGAUCAGAAUAAAAUUGCCAGAAAUGAGAACUUUCAAAGUGGUAAAUGUCAAGAUGAUGAGAGGCAACAGAAAGUAAAGGAACCUAUUAGGCGAUCAAGGCGGUCUGUGGUUGCAGUGCCUUUUGAGGAAGAAAAUAAUGGUCUUUAUGAGGAAAAAAUAUCAAAAAUUCCUAUGAGGAGAUCAACAGGUAAAUCUGUUGCUCUUAAUGAAGUUGAAAAAGUGAGCAUGGAUGACACUGAAAUAGUUGCAGGGGAACCAGAAAGAGUUGGUGAAGAGGGCUUGAAAUUGAGGAAGCACAAAAGGUCUUCGCUGGAAAUAUCCUCUUCAGCUAAUGAUUCCAGGAAGAUGGAGGAUUUUGAUGGACAGAAAUUCAGGAAGCAGCAGAACCCACAAAUCCCAAAUGAAAAAGGUAACACAGGGGGAACACUGCAGGCAUCAAAUUCCACAACUUUAAAGGGAAGGUCUUCAAAGAGGAGACGGACAACUGCUUCAGAAGAAGUGAGGUCUGUCAAGGAGGCAAAUGAUGACAUAAUUAUCAGGGAAGCAACAAAGGAUGCACACAAAGCUACUCAUGAGAAUAAGGAGUCUGGUAGCAGAGUUCAAGAAUUUGGUCAGGUUAAUGCCACAAGAGAAGAGCACUCUUCAGGACCAUUGCUUGUAACAGUGACACUCACUGAAGAAAUUUCCACAGCGCAGAGUGUGCGUGUGGUGAUACCUGGGUCAGAACCUGGUGACAAUGCAAAUGAAAGUUCAGAUAAGAGUAAGCAGGAACAUUCUGACAUUCAGGCUGUUGAUAGCCAUUUAUCUGAAACAAGUGGGGAAUUAGACCAAUCAUCUUGCAUCGCUGGACUAGUUCUACACAAUUUUGAUGUCUCAGAGGACAAAUCAUUGAUGAGCAAAGGUGAGGUUAACAUGGGUGCUAAUGACAUGCUAGAUGGUUUAUCAAUUGAUUUCACUGUUGGAGAUCGUGAAGAGCAAAGCCCUGUAUCCGGAGAAAGGAGAGUUGGUUUGGAAGCAAAUGCCAGCGAGCCUGGGCAACAUAACCUUGCUAACGUCAUGUCCACUGGUCUCCACGCCAAAAGUCUGCAACAUGAUACUGACAUAAUAGCUGAAAAGACUGAUAAAGAUGUUUUGCCUAUGGCUUUCCCUAUUGAAGAGCAUGGAGAAAAAUAUGCAGUGAGCCCUGUAGCUGUUGAAAAGAGCGUCGGUUCGGAAGCAAGUGCAUGUGAAUCUGCAGGAAAACCUCUAACUGGCAUCUUUUGUAACAAUCUCCACACCAAACAUCUGCAACAUGAUUCUGAUGUGCUAACUAAAGAGACUAGUGAAGCUUCUGGAGCUGCCCUACCAAUAUCAGAAUCAGAUACUAAUCCAGAAAUUCAAUGUAAUGCUGAAGAAAGCAUUCGAGCUGCUGAUCUUGGGAAAUGUCCCAGCAGGGUCAGCAAAGGGAAUCCUUAUUCGACAAGUCUGCCCUUGGAAAGUGCUGCUGAUGAUUGUAUUCUUCCGGUACUGAAUGGUGAUAAGGGAUGUUCAUCAGAUGGAAGACCUUCGUCAUUUGGUCUUGAGUUUCUGUUUGCAGAAGCGCAUGAAGAAAGCUAUUCCAGAAAUAUAGAAAAUACUGUUGGAGAUUGUGAAGAUAAAAGCCCUAUAUCCGGAGAAGGGAGAGUUGGCUUGGAAGCAAAUGCAAGCGAGUCUGGGGAAAAGAACAUUGCUGAUAUCAUGUCCACUGGUCUCUACGCCAAAAGUCUGCAACAUGAUACUGACAUAAUAGGUGAAGAGACUGAUAAAGAUGUUUUGCCUAUGGCUUUCCCUAUUGAAGAGCAUGGAGAAAAAUAUGCUGUGAGCCCUGUAGCUGUUGAAAAGAGCGUCGGUUCGGAAGCAAGUGCAUGUGAAUCUUCAGGAAAACCUCUAACUGGCAUCUUUUGUAACGAUCUCCACACCAAACAUCUGCAACAUGAUUCUGAUGUGCUGACUAAAGAGACUGGUGAAGCUUCUGGAGCUGCCCCACCAAUAUCAGAAUCAGACACUAAUCCAGAAAAUCAAUGUAAUGCUGAAGAAAGCAUUCGAGCUGCUGAUCUGGGGAAAUGCCCCAGCAGGGUCAGCAAUGGGAACCCUUAUUCGACAAGUCUGCAAUUGGAAGGUGCUGCUGAUGAUUGUAUUCUUCCAGUACUGAAUGCUGAUAAGGGAUGUUCAUCAGAUGGAAGACCUUCGUCAUUUGGUCUUGAGCUUCUGUUUGUAGAAGCGUGCAAAGAAAGCUAUUCCAAAAAUAUAGAAAAUACUGUUGGAGAUUGUGAAGAGAGAAGCCCUAUAUCCGGAGAAGGGAGAGUUGGCUUGGAAGCAAAUGCAAGCGAGUCUGGGGAAAAGAACCUAGCUGAUAUCAUGUCCACUGGUCUCUACGCCAAAAAUCUGCAACAUGAUACUGACAUAAUAGCUGAAGAGACUGGUAAAGUUGCUGAAGAAAGCAUUCGAGCUGCUGAUCUGGGGAAAUGUCCCAGCAGGCGCAGCAUAGGGAACCCUCUUUCGACAAGUCUGCACUUGGAAGGUGCUGCUGACGAUACUAGUCUUCCAGUAGUGAAUGCUGAUAAGGGAUGUUCAUCAGAUGGAAGACCUUCGUCAUUUGAUCUUGAGUUAAUGUUUGCAGAGGAGUGCAAAGAAAGCUAUUCCAGAAAUGCAGAAAACAGUGCUGUAGAAAUUGAUGGUGGAAACAAACCUAGCACCCCUGUGACACCUGGUUUCUAUGUGCAAUCUGAUUGUCUGGAAGAUGAGGAUGUGGAACCUACUGAAUGUGACGCUGACAAGAAACUCGAUGACGAUGAAGGUGUCGUAGAAGAAGCUCAAGAGAAAAGUAAUGAUCAGCAUGUUCCUGCCAAGACUGACCUAAACAUGAAGUUAAACGAUGAACUUGCUGGUCCUGGUACGGAAUCAAGUUGUAGCAUUACUGAAAAGAACGCCGGGCUUGUUGCAGAUAAUCUUGAUGAACAAGCUAUAAUUCUGGUCCAACAUGGUGAUGUGCAAGAAGGUGACCUCAAGAAACCUUCAUGUUCAACAACACCAGAGUGUAAACAUAAAUGUGGUUUGCCUGAGGAAACAGUAUUGCCCCCAAAGAACACGGGAUCUCUAUCAAGUGCAGAACAAUCACCAUUUGGCCUGGAGUCUUUGUUCUCACAGGAAAACAUAGAUGAAUCUAUGAGAUUUGCGACAGCUCAUACUAAAAAUGGAUUAGAUGAUUCAAAAGAUUGCCAUGUCAAGUCUGCACUCGAAAAUACUCUUAUGUCAGAACCUUUUUCACACCAUGAAGGUAUUUCCAAAAAUGAUGAUCGUAUGCAUACAUCCCAGAAAGAUCAUAUAAUGGCAGGUAUAGACAUCACAUUUGAUGGUGGAAACAAACCUAGCACCCCUGUAACACCUGGUUUCUAUGUGCGAUCUGAUUGUCUGGAAGAUGAUGUGCAACCUACUGAAUGUGAUGCUGACAAGAAACUUGAUGAUGAGGGUGUCGCAGAAGAAGUUUUAGCUCAGGAGAAAAGUAAUGAUCAGCAUAUUCCUGCCAAGACUGACCUAAACAUGAAGUUAAACGAUGAACUUGCUAGUCCUGGUACAGAAUCAGGUUGUAGCAUUACUGAAAAGAACAGAAGGCUUGUUGCAGAUAUUCUUAAUCAACAGGCUAUAAUUCAGGUGCAACAGGGCGAUUGGCAAGAAGGUGACCUCGAGAAACCUUCACUAUGUUCAGCAAAACCAGAGUGUAAGCAUGAGUGUGAUUUGCCUGAGGAAACAGUAUUGCCCUCAAGGAACAUGGGACCUCUACCAAGUGCAGGACAAUCACCAUUUGGCCUGGAGUCUUUGUUCUCGCAGGAAAGCAUAGAUAAAUCUGUGGGGUAUGGUGCACUUGCUUCUGCAACCUCUCAUACUGAAAAUGGAUUUGAUGAUUCAAAAGGUUGCCAUGUGAAAUCUGCACUCGAAAAUACUCAUGUGUCAGAACCUUUUUCACACGAUGAUAUUUCCAAAAAUGAUGAUUGUAUGCGAACAUCCCAGCAAGAUAUUGGAAUGGAAGGAUUACCAGAGGCUAACCUUGAUGAAGAACGGGUCCUGUCAGUCUUUUCAUUGGAUGCAAAGCACAUAAAGGAGGUCAUUAAUUUUGAGGAAGUGGCUUGUGAGGGUGAAGGAAGUAAGAAGUUUGUCCAUUCUGAAGAGCAUAAAGCUUCAUCUGAGAAAACAAAUGUCAAUGGGCCAGAUGGCAAUGCACAUGGUAUUACUGAUGCUGUACUGAGCAGUGCACUGCACACUCCUGACAGUGACAACUAUGAGAUAUGUUUGGGUUCCAAUACUGACGUGCUGCAUCAGGGUCAUAAUGAUCAAUGCAGUGAUGACACAGAAGAUAUUAUUGAGGAUGCCUCUGCCAAGUACAUAGAAAGGGGAAUUGUACUACUCUCAGGUAAAGGAAGAUCAAAUUUAAAAGAUGGGGAACUUAACUCCAAGUUGGAGGGAGCAAAAGUUGUGGAAUCUGGUCUUUACUUCAAUAAGGAUAUUGGUAACAUUUUAGAUAGUGGAUCUGUUGCUGGUGAAAUAGCUCCAUCUGGUUCUGGUUUAUCAAAAGAUUCGUCCGAGUAUAGACAGGAGGUUUUAGAUGGCUUCUCAAUACAAACAUCUCUUGAUGGGUCCUCUAUGUGUGGGGAGAAAAUUGGUUGUAGAGUAGAUGCAAUUGAGAAUGAAGGUGCUUUGUCUGAGGAAGCUGCGUGCACAAUGAAGAAUUAUGCUGGAACAUGCUCAUCAAAUCCCAGAGAAUUACUCAUGGAGCUGCAGUCCCUGUUCUCGAAGGGAAACACGAAAGAAUCUGAUCCUCAUGACGGCCUUGCAUUCCCAAGUGCUGAAAAUUCUGGAGAUGAAUCAAUCAAUGUUGAACAACGGGUUAAAGUACACCAUAGCUCUGAUCUGUCUCACUUGGAUGAACUGAUUGGGUGUUCCAAUACUGAAAUGCUGCGUCAGGGUCACAAUCAUAAAGAUCGAUCCAAUGUGGAUAGGGUAGAGCAAGUUGCUUCUGAACCCUGCACAAAUGAUAUUGUUGAGGCUGCUGCUACUGCCAAGUGCAUAGAAAGCGGACAGGUGCUGCCCCCAUCUGAAGAGAGAACUCCAUCUGGUUCUGGUUUACCAGAAGAUUAUCCUAAGGAUCAUUACCCACGACAAGAGCUUUUAGAUGGCUUCUCAUUGGAAUCAUCUCUUCAAGGCACUAUCUCUUCAACUGUUUCUGGUGUAGCAGCAAUUGGGAAUCCUUCAUCGAGUUUAGCAACUCCUGAUUAUAAAUAUGAAGGUGCUUUGUCUGAGGAAGCAGAGUGCAGGAUGAAGAAUUAUACCGGAACUAGCUCGGUAGAUCCCAGACACUUAGUCAUGGACCUGCAGUCUCUUUUCUCAGAGGGAAGUACUGAAAAGUCUGAUAUGCAAGAUAAUCUUGCAUUUCCAAGUGCUGAGAGCGGAAGGGAUGAACGUAUUAGUUGCCAUGUCGAGAAACUAGUUGACACACAUGUUUCUUCUGAACCUGAUACAUACCAAGGUCCUUGUCAAGAUCUCAGCAGACAUGAAGAAAAAGAGAGUUGCGUGUCUGUUCCCAUGCAAGUCAAAGAAAGUGGAGGGUUCUUGAGGUCUAGCCUCAUGAAAGGUUCACUUACAUCAGUCCAGAUUGAUUUGGCUGAUGAUGCCCAUCUUAUUGAAAGGGAUAUUGUUGCCGCCGUGGAAGUGCUUUGUGAGGAGAAAGUGGAAAGAAAGUCUAUGCCUACUUCAGAUGGACAUGGAAUUUGUCAAUCUCGCAGCCAGAAGCAUAUAAUUGAAGCAAACUCCAUGGUAUUUAGUUGUGGUACCGAAGUGCUCCAUCAAGAUCAUAAAGAGUGCAACAAACCUAAUGAAGGUAAAUUCAGUCCAAAAGCCCUUGUUGAAAAUAACAUGACUGAAGAUGCACCAAUUGAAGGAAUAGGAAGUUCAAUGAUGGUGCCCUUGGUUGCUGGAAUGUCAGAAAUACCUUAUGAGCAGCUUAACACUAAGAUGAGUGAUGAAAGUGAGGAACUCAGCUUUAGCUGUGAUAAAGAAACAAUUGAAAAUUUCUGUACUGGGCCAGCAAAAAGGCAUCUGUACCCAUUGCCCAAAGGCUUCCAUAUAGACUCUUGCCAGAAACAGGAGGUCCCAGAAGUUCUUUCUUCAUGGAAAACUCCUGAAGAAUCCGCAAAAUUUCAGUGUGUGAGUCUUUCAGGAUCAGGGCCUUGCCAGCAGCAUGUGAAUGAAAGCACAAGUAUGCAAGUGACUUGUAAUAUUGAAACGCCCAAUCAGGAUCACGAGGAAUACAAUCAAAAUAAUGAAGACCAAACCACUCCUGGUAUCCCGUCUAGCAGUGUGCCUGAAGCUGUAGGGAUUGAAGAGUCAGAAAUGGAAAUAGGUCUGAUCCCUGCUGCAGAAGCAUCAGUGUUGCCUUUGCCAGAUGAGCAGCUUAACAAUAAGCUGGAGGGUACUGAGUUCCUGAACAGAGAAGCAUCCAACCUGCACAAAGAUGAUUGCAUGGAUCUGUCCAUUGAAGAUAAUCACCCAAAUGGUCUUCCUGCUCCAAGAUCUCCUGAACAAUCUGCAUAUUUUCAGAACAAUGACUUGGGUUCAAUAGCUGAACUCCGUACUAAGCUACAGAGUUUCAAAGUUUCCAGCACCGUAAAAGGAAGCUACAUCGCUAUGAGCGCCCCUCGUCCGAAGCCUAGGGACAGCAUGAGUCAAUCUGCAAUCGCGCUGCUCAGGAACAUAGAGAACACACCUGCUGUUAAAGCUGGCCAUCCUGUCAAGGCGAACGCUGAUGGUAAGGACUCAUCAAGGCGAGCGCUGCAGCCCAUCAGCGGAAGACCAAGGGAGCACUGA